AUGUACGUUUCAGGGUCAAAGGGAAUAGCUGUGGCGAAAAGGGUUAAGGCGGUUGUCUUGAAACAAAAGGAACCAAAAAUCACCAGUAAACAUAGGAACAAAAAGUCGAAAGAGAAAACUACAAGUGUGGGUGAUAACAAAAUAGGUGCAAGAAAGCAAUCGGCAUCGAAAGUCGAGCUCAAUGAGAGGACAAUGCGAGAAUGGGAAAUCUCUAUAACAAUCGAGGAUUCCUGGGAGGACCCGGUUAAAGAUGAGAGCGAGUGGUGGGAGAAGGAGAGAGAAUCUUUACUCGAGUGGGUUGAAUAUGAGAGUGGUGGGACAAGGAGAGAGAAUCUUGGAAGGACUUGGUCAAAGAGGGUUGCUAAAGUGAGAAAGUCGACAUUGGCUAGUCAGUGUAAGUGUCUAUGUCCUCGGGAGAUCGGCCAGGAACUGGCAGCAUAUGUCCAUGUGCCGCUGGAGAGAGUAGAUGACGACCAGAUUGUGCGCCAUACAAAGGGUGAGGCUUCAUCUGGUGGGCCUGUCCUGUCUGUAGUAGAAAUCGCAGAAGGUUGGCGCGUAGAAGUGGGACAUGCGCCGCUUCCGCACAAAUACGAAUGA